ACCCUUCAGGAAGGUCGCGGCGGCGGCGGUAAUAUUGCCUAUCGGUCAGCUCAUAGCCCGAGCCAGCCCGACACUGCAGCAUUAAUCUUAUCUAAUGUCCCGUCCGAAUUGAUCCUAGUGCAGUGAAAUCCCAGAGAUAAUCGACACAUUCCGUGUCGGUCAACUAGUAUAUAUAGUUGCGUUCGAAUCUACUGCCAACAUAGUCCGGUUCUAGCUCGAUGCCAUGAAGUCAUUCCUACUGUGCUUAGCCAUCGCUGUAGUCGGUGUUUCCUGCGCUCCCUCGGAACAGCCCCAACGCCCUCGUCCGUGGUGGAACCCUUCGAUUCUCUUCAACCACCUAACACCAAAGUCCACCAGUCGCAUUGUCGGAGGCUUCAAGGUUACCAUCGAAGAUGUCCCAUACCAAAUCUCGCUUCGAAACUGGGGCGGUUCGCACAUGUGCGGCGGAUCCAUCAUCAGUUCACGCUGGAUCCUGACUGCCGGUCACUGUGCCUACCGGUCGUCCAACUCCAUGUAUACCAUUCGCGCCGGAUCCACCAAUCGCCAGGAAGGCGGAGAGGUGCUCAAACUCAAACGCAUCAUCCAACAUCCGCUGUACGACCCGAACAUCAUCGAUUACGACUUCUCCCUACUGGAGCUGAAGGAGGAGAUGUCAUUCGACUCGACUCGGGCGCCGAUCGAACUGCCGGAGCAGGACGAGGAAGUAGGUGACGGAGCUCUGUGUCGAGUGUCCGGGUGGGGCGAUACGAUGAGUUCGGUCGAAUCAACGACGAUGCUCCGGGCGACGGAUGUCCCUGCGGUCAAUCAGGAUCGCUGUUCAACGGCUUACGUAGACUUUGGAGGGGUGACGCCCAGGAUGAUCUGCGCCGGAUACUGGGAAGGUGGCAAGGAUGCCUGCCAGGGCGAUUCCGGUGGCCCACUGGCCAGCGGUGGCAAGCUGAUCGGAGUCGUUUCAUGGGGAUAUGGAUGCGCCGAGGAAGGAUUCCCAGGGGUGUACUCGCGGGUGGCUGCCGUGCGCGAAUGGAUCCGAAAGGAGACGGGAGUUUGA